GCAGCAAGAGGCAGCGCGCGCUGCGCCGGGGAGCCCGCGCGCACAGCCACUUUCCCGCCUCCCUCCUCCUCGGGCUCUUGUCACGCCUCGCGCUCCUGCCUCAGGAGAGAGGAGCAGAGGGCUGACGGGGUGCGUCGGAAUUGAGGGGGGGAAACACCACCAUACGCCGCCACGCCACCUCCGCUGAGCCGCAGCAGCGCUUACCAAGCGGCGCUCCGAGCGGCGGGAGAGGAAGCGAGCGGCGGCGUGAGGCGAGGGAGGCGGCUGCGGGCUGCUAUUCCAGCGGAUCUUGUUUUGGAACCGAACGUGUCUUGGGAGACUCCUGCUGCUGCGCUCCAGCACACAAUAGGUUCCCUUGCACACGGAAUCAGUUCAGUCACACAUUGAUUAACCCAAGAUGGAUGGAGCUUACAAGAUGGAAGAUAAUACUUCAUUAGUGAGAGGGGCUCAGGACAUUGCCAAGGUAGUCAAGAAACAGACAGGGAGGAAGGGGAAUGCAACUGUAGAGAAAGCUCAAGACGAGUAUACGGAAAGAUCUUACAAUAGAUUCCAAGGCAGAGAAGAUGAUGAAUACUAUACACAAGAAGGAAAUUACGGUGGGGAGGCGAAUGAAGAUGAAGGAUCAAGUGAAGCGACUGAAGGGCAUGAUGAAGAUGAUGAGAUUUAUGAGGGGGAAUAUCAGGGAAUCCCAAAUGCGACCCAGGACAAGGAUGGGAUCGGAGCCUUAGGUCAGCCUGUACGAGAUGACUACAAAGAUCGUCUUGAACUGGAAACGGAGAGAAAAGCUGAUGAAGAAGAAUUGGCACAGCAGUAUGAGCUCAUCAUUCAGGAAUGUGGGCAUGGACGUUUUCAGUGGGCCCUCUUCUUUGUUCUUGGGAUGGCGCUAAUGGCUGACGGGGUGGAAGUUUUUGUGGUUGGAUUUGUAUUGCCCAGUGCUGAGACAGACAUGUGUAUCCCUAAUUCUGGAUCAGGAUGGCUUGGUAGCAUAGUAUACCUUGGGAUGAUGGUGGGGGCAUUCUUCUGGGGAGGCUUGGCAGACAAGGUGGGAAGGAGACAGUCUCUUCUCAUAUGUAUGUCUGUCAAUGGAUUCUUUGCCUUCCUUUCAUCAUUUGUCCAGGGCUAUGGCUUCUUUCUCUUCUGUCGUUUACUUUCUGGAUUUGGGAUUGGAGGAGCUGUUCCAGUUGUAUUCUCCUAUUUUGCUGAAGUUCUCGCUCGAGAAAAACGUGGAGAACACUUAAGUUGGCUUUGCAUGUUUUGGAUGAUUGGGGGCAUCUAUGCAUCCGCCAUGGCCUGGGCAAUCAUCCCUCACUACGGAUGGAGUUUCAGCAUGGGAUCUGCUUACCAGUUUCACAGCUGGCGAGUGUUUGUUAUUAUGUGUGCUUUGCCCUGUGUUUCCGCUGUGGUGGCACUUACUUUCAUGCCAGAAAGUCCAAGGUUCUUGCUUGAGGUUGGGAAACAUGAUGAAGCUUGGAUGAUUCUCAAACAAAUUCAUGAUACAAACAUGAGAGCCCGUGGUCAGCCUGAAAAAGUUUUCACAGUUAACAGGAUAAAAACUCCCAAGCAAAUAGAUGAGUUUAUAGAAAUAGAAAGCGAUACAGGAACCUGGUACAAGCGGUGCUAUGUCAGAGUGCGUACAGAGCUGGAUGGGAUUUGGUCAACUUUUAUGAAGUGUUUCACUUAUCCCGUCAAGGACAGUACGACCAAACUUGCAGUAGUAUGGUUUACUCUUUCUUUUGGAUACUAUGGAUUGUCAGUCUGGUUUCCAGAUGUGAUUAAGCAUCUACAAGCAGAUGAGUAUGCUUCUAGAAGGAAGAGUUUUGGAAAUGAGAUAAUAAAAGACUUUGACUUCAACUUUACUUUGGAAAAUCAGAUCCACUACAAUGGAACAUUCAUCAAUGACAGGUUCACAAUGAUGAAAUUCAAAGCGGUUACAUUUCAAGAUACUCUCUUUAAGACCUGUUAUUUUGAAGAUGUUACUACGCUGAAUACGUAUUUCAGGAACUGCACUUUUGUGGGGAACAUUUUCUUCAACACAGAUCUUGAACCAUAUAAAUAUCCUGGCAGUGAAUUUAUAAACUGCACAUUCAUUCACAACAAGACAGGAUGUCAAAUAUCCUUUGACGAUGAUUACAGUGCCUAUUGGAUUUACUUUGUUAAUUUCCUGGGGACUUUAGCUGUACUACCAGGGAAUAUCGUCUCUGCUCUUCUGAUGGACAGAAUUGGGCGUUUAACAAUGUUAGGUGGUUCUAUGAUUCUUUCUGGAAUUAGCUGCUUUUUCCUGUGGUUUGGUACAAGUGAAUCCAUGAUGAUAGGCAUGCUGUGUCUGUACAACGGCCUCACCAUCUCGGCAUGGAACUCCCUUGAUGUCAUCACUGUGGAGCUUUAUCCUUCAGACAGGAGGGCAACAGGCUUUGGCUUUUUAAAUGCGCUAUGCAAAGCAGCAGCUGUCCUUGGAAACCUUAUAUUUGGUUCUUUCGUUAUCAUCACCAAAUCAAUUCCUAUUCUCAUGGCUUCCUCGGUUCUAGUAUGUGGAGGCUUGGUAGGACUUCGGCUCCCAGACACCAGAACCCAAGUGCUGAUGUAACUUGGGAAGGAUUGUGGAUUAAAAGCCAUUUCCAGUUUGUUUUCCUCCCUUUCCAAGUAUCAGAUCUCCUGGCUGGAUGGGCAAAGGCUUCAGAUUCUCAGUGCAUGGAAGGUGACUGUAUAGCAGAACUCCCACUCACAUAAUGAAAUCACUGUAACAGAUUUAAGCCCUUUUCCAAGGUGCUUCUUCAUUCAUUCAACACACGAAAGGGGGGACCAGUACCCUGCCUGCUUGCCCCACCCACUCCACCCUCUGACUCUCACAACAUUCAGCAGAAGUCUGGAGGAGGAAGCCUCCAUCGAUAGUCUGCUCUGUGUGAUUGAAUACCACCCUCUAGUUGUACAGGAUUCCCAAGUACUUUUAGCUGUGUGCAUAGUGGCUCACCCUUCAUAUAUUUGCUAAAUGUAUGAAGGGUGGAUCUGGCAUGCGCAUCUUGACAUUGGGGGCGGGUCAAGCAGGCAUGCCCCCGCUUUCUCCUCUACUUUUGAAGAGGGCUAUUGUUCAGCCUUUAUAAAUUGUACAUGGCCCCUUGUAUUUCAGGCUAAAAGGGCAAUUCAGUGAAGAAUUAGUCGCCUUGACCUCAGCUGAACAACGCUAGGGUAAGAAUUAUGUGAAUUGCCCCAUUAGGAGUUGCUUGUUUCCAGUCGAUCUAUUUUAAGUGAUUUAAGAGGACAGAUUGCUGAAACAAAUCAAUAGUUCAUAUGUGACAGUUUUCCUACAACAAGGUCAUCUCUGAAUAGGAAAAAAAAGUGUUUUGGAAUGAAUGUUUGGUUUGCUCUUGAGUACGGGGCAUAGGGAAAAUGUCACAUCUAAAAUAGCUUUUAAAACUACAACAUGAAACUAUCCCUGUGCCAAAAAGCCACACAAGUGAAUAUUACUAUUUUUAAUUAAGUUGAUAAUCAGUAGAAACGUCAAGGCUUUUCUUAGUAGUAUACGUUAAUCUAACUUGCAUCAGGAGAUACAACAUAAAAUGGAACAGGCUGCAUGACUGUACUUCAGCACAUAUUUCCUGCUUUCUUAGAAUAAGGGGUUUUUUGGGGGGGGGAAAUGGCAUUGCCACUUUCAUAAGAAACCAUUUUUAUGCAAAUUCAGGCUGGGCACAAACUGCCUGUUGCUGUUCAAUCUGUUAACUAUCUAAUAACUUACUACAUUAUCACAGCUGAGCUCCUCACAGGAAAGUAAGGAAAAAGUGUAAUAACAGAAAUGUUUUCUGGAUGUGCCAUGCUCCUCAAAUGAUGUUAAGAGUUUCUAUAAAAUUGCACUACAUGGAAACAUUGCCCCCUUUCCCAUUUUGGAAGCAAUCAAACAAAUAAUUGCAAUUUUAAAUUGGGUGACUACAUUUUUUUUUCUUGGCCAGGUGGCUUUACAAAUUUCUUGGGAAAGGAAAGGCCAUCAUUCUCAACUGUCCCAUCAUCUUGCAGUUGAUUCGCUGCAGUAAUACUUCCUCCCUGCUUGGACAACACAGGAGUGAUUGCAACCUGAGCUAGGCAGAAGCUACAAAAUAAAAGACUCUGUCGCACCAAUGUCCUGGUGGUGACCGUCUUCAUAUGUCACUAUAAGCCAGAGUACAUCAUACUGUGACUGUAUUGGCUUCUGAAGAGAAGCUUAGAUCCCCUCUGCUCUUCCCUGGGCUUGUUAGCUCAGCCUGGUGACGUAGUGGUGAAGCCUGGGAUUAUAGUUAUGGCCCUUCUUCCUUAACCAUGGUUAAGGUUAACCAUGGUUAACGACAGUAAACAUAGGAUAAACCUUUUUUACAGAUAGUGCUUAAAGAGAAGCUUUAAACCUUGGUUAAGCUGCUGUACCACAUUGAACUAAAAAGUGCAAGAAGGAGCAAAGCAGCUGCAAUCUCCUCCUUGGGAGCCAGCAUGUUCACAGUAAGUCAUGGUUUGGCUCAGUGUGAUGUGCAAACACAGCCAAAGCCAUAGUCCUCCUGCAAGAUACGGAUUAAACCAAUGGAAAAGAGACAAAAGUGAGCAGGCCCCACACUGAAAAAAUACUCUACUUUCCCCCUCUACUGCAGAAUGCCCUUUGCCCAACUGCCAACCCAUCUCUAAACUCAUAAUCACAUAUUUCCAAAGAAACACAUAAGGCAUAAUCCAGAAAAAAAUGUAUGCUUGCCUUAACUAUGUGCUUCAUUCCAAAUGACUUUGGUGGGAUUUACAAUAGUUUUACUUUUUCUGGAUUGGCCCCAUCAUGUUUACAUAUCCACGAUUUUCUUCUAAGUAGGUAUUAAUGUUCUAAUAUUAAUUUAAGCACAGAAUUAUUGUUUUAGCUGUAUUUCGGGCUUUUCAAGUGCUUCAAAGUUCAUAUUGAGUUUUGUGAUUAUUUCCAUCUUAUCACAGCUCUUCAUGUUAGUUUAGGUUUUGUUUUUUGUUUUUUUUAAAAAGCCUUUUAUCUUUUACAGUUUUCUUUUCAUUUGGAGGGGAGGAACGUUUUAACAAUGCUCUCUUAGUCAUUAGGGACCUUCGUUAAGACUUCUAAGAUUGAAAUCUGAAGCCUCUGUACAGAUUGGGAGUGAUGAUCAACUGCCAGCUGUAAAUCAUGCUUUUGACAUGCACUGUCCACUUAAAUUGAUGUGGUAUUUUGUCUGCUGCCUUCAUGAAUGUAAUCACUGAAAAAAAUCUAGAGCCAUAACUAAGCUUUAGAAGGGGGGUGGGGGUGGGGAGAGAUAAGUAAGCACCAGCUCGAAAGCAGGGCCACCAGGACAAAAUCUCAUUACUGUUGUCAUUGUGUUACUUUCUCAGAAUCUAAUAAUAUUUUGAAAACAGAUGUCAUUCUUAUUCAGGAUGUAGCUUUGGCAGAAUGUAGACAGUAAGAGUAAAGACAGUUUUAAGAUAUGAAGAGGAAAGUUAACAGAAAUGGCCAAAGGCAUAUGUAUUCAUUUUGUAUGAAUUGUGUGAUGCAUGAUACUGGCAGAUCGGUUUCAUCUCUGUACCCGUGUUUUCCCACUUCCCUACAUGACUGGGUAAUACAGGACUCGGCCCUACCAUUAGGCAAAGUGAGACAGCCACCUCAGGCAGCAGAUGGUUGGGGGAGGAGUGGUCAGGCAGAUGUAAUGACAUGUUGCAGCUGUGUGCGCCACUGCACCUUCCAACCUGUUUUUCUACCCUACAGUGUAGUGGUGUCCUGUUCCCCGGGUUGAAGGAAGAUUCAGCAACCAUUCUGGUCAGUUCUGGUACAUCUCAUCCUUUGCCUCAGGCAGCAACAUGUCUUGGGCCAACCCUGGGGGGAAAAUGUCUAAAGUGUAAAAGAGAAUGUAAAGUGAGAGUUAAGGACAUAAUCUGAGUUGGCAGAGGAAGAGUUAGAAAACGCUGGGAGGGGGAUAGUGCACCACUGCCGCACAUUACAUUUGAAACACAAAAUGGAGAAGAGAAAACAAUCCAGCCGGAUGCAAGGCUGUGGCUUAGAUGCAGAUGUUUAGUUGCUAAUAUUAGCUCUUCAACAGUACAGAUGCUAUACAUGGAAUAAGUAAAACCAAAUUUGCUUGAGCUGUGCUUCCCACUUUCACAUAGUCCUUAUCAUUCAGUUCAUAAAAAUCCUGAACAAUCAGAACGGUUUAUAUCUCGGUGCCACGUGCCAGUUCAUAACUCGCAUGCACUAUGUUGGAGGCGCACACCUUCACACAAGUGUAAACAAGUGUGAAGCAAGGAUGCACAAAUGGCUGCCAUGUCUUUCCACUUUUGCUGUGUAAUAUACAAAAAGCCUAUGAGUCUUGAAUCUUUCUUGUAGGGUGAGUUGCAGAUUAUGUAGAUGUGCAUCCGACUGCAAGGAAGAUGUGUGAUGUGCUAUUUUUCACGUUAAACCAGAAGUCAGAAAAUAGGGACCACAUGUCAGCUGUGCUUCAGCUCCUCUAGAAUGCAGCAUGCAAGAAUACUUUUAGGGGGGAAAGCAAUUCUGUAAAUAGAGCCUUAAAAGGUUUGCCUUUCUUUAUAUUGCAACACUGUUUCAGACACAUGUUCAAUUUUUCAUGAACAGCUUGUCAAUCCUCCUUUGAAGUGCUGCUGCCUAAUCGGUCAUCCUUCUGUCUUGUGCUAUAUAUAGCUAAAACACCCCGUUUUCACCAUGUGUAAUUAUAGGUAUAUUUUCUGUUGGGGAAAUAUUGCUGUGCUUAGUCCCAGGAAGAAGUACCAGCAAAUCUUAGUCUGUUAUAUUCACCUGGUUUCCUCUCCAAACUCAAAGUGAAGGCGGAUUACAAAGAAUCUCAAUAUUCUCCUCUUACUUGGUGCAGAACCACAUAAGAACACAGGAACCACUUUUCUAAUGGCCUGCUUAUUCUGAAGCCAAUUGGUAUGAAAUCUGUGUUGCAACAUUAUAAGGCAUUUUUUGUUUUAAUUAUCACUUGGAAAUCCCCCUGCAUUAAGUGAGUGCACAUUACCACUCUUCAGUAGUUAUGCUUUCCAGCUACUGCGGUAGAAGACACUUGUCCCUUUCUGCCUACUGUAGCUGUAGUAGCUACAUGUGUUGUGGGGUGGAGUCACCCUCCUGACACUGCUAUUUAGCGCCACUGUCAAGGCCACACCCAGUAAGAUUGGGUGCAUGGUGGCACCAAUGGAAUGGCAGCAGUGGAGCACGUUGGUGGACCCAACCACACUGCUGCCCUGGCUGCCAAGUCAUGUCCAGGCAAGCAACAGCUACAUGGGGCUCCUGCCUGGAUGCUGGCCCAUACUGCUGUACAACUAGGCUCAGCAAUCUUUCUCAUAAUUAGUCUAGCCCACAGCCAUUUCCUUCUCCAGUGAGAAGGAAGAAGCUGGAGAUCCUUUCUGCCAAUGCCUUAUCAUAAAUUCUUUGUUGUUUAUAUGUUUUAAAUAAUGCAGGGAGGGACCAGUGGCCCUUGACAGGUUGUUAGACUCCCAAUUCCCACCAGUCCCUCCCAAUAUGGCCAAUGGUCAGGGUAAUGGGAGUUGUUGUCCAAAACAUCAGGUUGUAGAGGGCUGAUUCAUUAUUUACAUCUUUCAUUGUGUCACUUGUGUGCAAACAUACCCAUGUGCUCUCUCCCAAAUUAGUGUAUACCUAAACCCUGCACAUGUCCUCUUGCUUUGUAAUGUUUUUUUGAAAGAGGUCUCAGCAUGAAGAAAGGAGUCACUAGAAUAAGAAUACACAGAAUGCAACUUUUCAAAGAACUUUUCAAAGAAGCUGCUGUAAGUGAGAUGUGUGUGUGUGUGUGUGUGUAGGUAGAGUGAAAGAGAAUCAUUUCAGUCUAGGAGCAAACAAACCACUCAUAUUCUUUUUCUCCUGAAUUUCCUGUCUUCCCCCACUAUGAAAUCACAGAGCCUUGCUUCAUAUUAAUAACGUCUGUUCCUAUCAGACAGGAAACACAGCAGGAAAUGCAGCUAUAUAUUUACUAGCAGCUCUCCUUGAACAUUUCUCCCUGUUCUGUGAUUCUGUUUUCUUGAAGAAGAAGAAGAAGAGGAGGAGGAGUAGUAGUUUGGAUUUGAUAUCUCACUUUAUCACUACCCGAAGGAGUCUCAAAGCGGCUAACAUUCUCCUUUCCCUUCCUUCCCCACAACAGACACCCUGUGAGGUAGGUGGGGCUGAGAGACGUCAGGGAAGUGUGACUAGUCCAAGGUCACUCAGCAGCUGCAUGUGGAGGAGUGGAGACGCGAACCCGGUUUCCCAGAUUAGGAGUCUACCGCUCUUAACCACUACACCACACUGGCUUGCACACAGUAUGAAUACAACUAAUUUAGUUAAUGGGUGACACUACCGGUAUUACUAAACCUAGUACACCAGUUUAGUCUUCAGUGAUACCAAUCUCUGUACUUACAUUAGUCAGAUGUCUAAACUUUUGAGAAUAAGUUCUGCAACAUGUAGGAGCCACAAAUAUAUUCACCAGGGCUGGGAUCCAAGGAACCAAUCGUGAUAGUUUUGCAUGAAGUAUAAGGCAUACUGAGUUUCAAAAGCAUUCUGUGUUGUGCUGUGGAGGGGAUCUGUCAUUCAAAUGGGAGGAAAGUCAAAAUUCAUACAAGCUGACGUGUAGAUUUUUGAUGUGUCUUAAGUUGCUCUUGGAUCCCACAGCAUUUAUCAGUCUAAUUUAGGCAUCCCCAAACUUUGGCCCUCCAGAUGUUUUGGACUACAAUUCCCAUCUGGUCCUGUUAGCUAGGGGUCAUGGGAGUUGUAGGCCAAAACAUCUGGAGGGCUGCAGUUUGGGGAUGCCUGAUCUAAUUCAUUUUUAAAUGCAUUAGUAGCCAUCACAGCUCCCUUUGGUGCAAAAUUCAUUAGGUUGGUUGUAAAUUGUGCAAUGAAAUACUUCCUUAUUAAGGAAGUAGAUCUCAUCCACUCCUUGUUUUAGUUUUUCUCUGUAUGUUUUUCAGCCCUCUUUGAAAUUCUUCUGAACUGGGGUGUCCAGAAUUGCUGACAAUAGACUGAUCUUGCAUUUCCCUUUCCCUUUCCUAAUAAUCCCUGGCACAGCAUUUGUGGUUUUUUGCUGAGCUAACUCUUUGCAUUAGUAUGGUUGCCCAUUAAUUGCAUUUUAAUCAAGAUUUGGUGCUGAAGCAGAAGGAAACUCCCCCCUUCACCUUCACCCCAUCCCAACAAGAUCCAGCGUGAGACUCACUCUGGUAUGGCUCCCUCUAUAUUAGACCAAUUCUGAAUGUCAAUUCAGAAGCUACACCAGACUGAGAACCACAGCUCCCUCAUGAAUCACUUCUGGGGAGGGUUGCAUGCCAGUGGUGGUGGGCAGGGGUAGGUGAAAGCGGGCAGGACAAUACCUGUGUCUCUUGCCUUUGUAUGUGCAAACCUUGCAAAGGUUUGAUGUUUCAACACACCUCCACCCACCCACAUCUCUUAAUCCUCCAGCCAAGCAAAAGCACUCAAGGAGAGCACAGGGCUGCUGAGGGGUGGGACCUUAGAAAAAGAACUAUGGCCAGGGGAGAGUCUUGAGGGCCAAAUAGAGGUUUGGAGGGCCACAUUUGCCUUGCACCUGAGGUGUCCCAGCCUGAGCUCCUGCUUCUGUGUUCUGCCAGAAAUCAACACAGCUUUUCUAGCCUUUACCCGUUGUGGUACCUGCAACUCGGUGGCAUCUCCAGGAGUAGGUGAUUGGAGAUAUUCCUCUGCCUGAGACCUUGGAGAGCUAUGUCAGUCACAGCAGGUAGUGCUAAGAUAGGUGGACGAAUGGAUUGAUCUGGUAGGAAGGAGCUUCCUGUGUUCCUACAGUACCUUUUUAAAAGAGAGAAAUAGUCUUCUUUGUCAUGAACUUAUUUUUCUCCCCUGCCCAGCCUCCUAUUAUUUAGUCACAGCCCUGCUGUAAUAAAACGUUGUAUAUUGUAAAGAACAUGUGAUGUAUAGGUAUGUAUGUUGAUUUAAUAUUUUUUAAUAUAUGUACAUACAUGCAUUCAAGUUUCUGUGCUUAUGUUUGACUUUGACAAGCAAAAUAAUUUUAUAGACUAACACCCGCCUUGGCAGUGUAUAUAUCAGGGGCAUGAACUGGCCAAAGACAAGCUCUUGUAAGUCCCAUUGAUUUCAGUUAGCCACAUGUUUGAAUCAAUGAAACUUACAAGCGCUUUUACUUUGGCUGGUUGGUUCUUGGUAUUGUUUGAUGCAUAUUACCAUUUAUUUUUUGCAGUCUUGGAAUGCAAAUUUGCCCUUGAAACUCUGGUGGUGCAAAGACGUUAGUGGCAUUGUGCCAUUAUUGUUUUAGCUGCAAAAAAGAAAGCUCCUCAUAGAUAAGCAGUAUCUUUCGACAUGAACACAUCAUUCUCCAUACAUUUUGGUAAACAAUGAAGAAACAGGCUAUUAAAAAGUAUCAGUUGUGUUCCAACCAAGUAAGAAAAACCUAUGACUCUAGAAUGUUAUACCCCCCCCCCUUAUUUGAUGCAACAUGUACAUUCUAAUUAAUGUUUUGUAUAGCUCAGAAAGUAGCUUCUGUGUAGUAUAUGGGAAAAUAUCUGUCUCUUAGGUCCUUUAAGUUGUUUCUUCCCAGGUAGCUGACGCUGUUCUGGUAAUGUUCUUACAGCUAGAAAUUGCUUGUUAGUGCUUUUCUCAGUGGUCUUUGACCAGACAGGAACAGAGCCAUUGCCAAGUUGCCUUUCAGUUAACUGUUACCUUUCCUAACAACCCCGUCCAGUAUAUCAGUGUUGCAUGUUGGCAGUCCUACUGUUGCUUAUUGGAAACACACCCAGGCAGAACAGGGGUUAAAGCGAGUUUAUUAUUUCAAACUCUGACAUUCAUUGCACAUGUCCUUUCCCUUAUGCAAGUCACUUUAGGCUGCCUGUGUACCAAGGACAGAGUGGGUGUGCUUAACUGCUGAAGUAAGGGAGUCAGCAGCAGUUUUUCCUUCUUUCUCCCACAUGAAUAAACAAGGCCCUAUGGACUAAAGUUCAAAUGAAGAAUCUACCCCUUUGGCAUAAUGCAUGUAGGGGGUGAUUCAGAUUGGUGGGUGAGGGGAGUUUCUGCAUUCUCUAUGCAAUAUGAAAGGUAGAACAUGAAUUUCCAAGGACUUAGCACUUUGAACCAAGGAUGUGUGAUUGGUUACUCUCCAGAGCUGAGUUUUGUUGCAUCUUGCUGUGUCCUGAACAACUUCAGGGCUGAUGUCGUAGCAAAUAGUUCAAAAAACUGAUUCUUUGAAACUAGAGGCUUUUAUUGAAAGGUGCUUUCUGUGAUACUGGCACCCAGAGCAGGCCUUCCCAAAUUAUGGACUGGAAGCUUUCCGUCCAGACCAGUAAGUUCUGAUACCCAUGUUCCUCAGUUGCCUGGCAGGCCUCCUGUUUAUUCUUUUGCAACAUGGUCAUUAGCAGAAAGCAUAGUUCUUAGUGCUGCUGUUCAAGCAGCUGACAGCUAUGUGAAUUGGCUCAGAGACAGAAAAGUCACCUGCUAACUGGAAAGCUGCUAACGUGGCACAAGAAGUUUAGAGGAAGCUCCCUGGCUCAUUAAUGCAGUGGGUAUAGAAUAUGAUUAUCAAAUGCAAACAUGCUGCUUUCACACAAGAGGAAGGUUUUAACCGCAGCAACGGAUAUUUCACAACAGGUUCAGACCUCCAAUUUCAGUGCUAUGAAACAUUUUUAAAAUGCUUUUAAAAGUUUGCAGUCCAUUCCCCCCCCCCAAGCCCGCAGCAGUUAACAUUAUGGCACAAAUGUUCUGGUUUGUUUUUGUCCCACUUUUGUUGCCCUGUAGUCCCUCUGGACAGCAGUCAUGUGGUAGUGUUGGGAAAGCAUUCAACUGCAGAACAAAUGCACAACAAAUCCACUAUUACUGUGUCAAGGACAAGUUGCACAAUACGCUUGCAAUAAAGAACCAAUAUGAGGGGUGCUUUGUUUUAAAUUUGAUACCAAUGCACAAGUAAAACCUACAUUGGCUUGAAUGCAUACUUCUCUCCUCCCCCCCCCUUUCCAAAUUUUCUCCCAUAUUAACACAUCAUAUAUUAAAGAAACAGCACUAGCAGGCUUUGUCUCACCCAGAAGUAGUGCCAAAUAAAAUGGACUUGUAGGCAUCUAGGUCAUAUAUCAGGUCUAGCCAAAGGUCUACCCAAGGAAUCAAUAAAUGUUUAAAGUUUAGCUUUAAGGUGAUGUCUGACACUUCUGGGUCCUGUGCGUGUAUGGCUUUAGCAUUGGACCACAAGCUAGAACUGAGCUGUGCCUGCAACUGGUGUUAUCCCACUAGGGGAAUGGGUUCCUGAAUGAUGCCUCAAGUUUUAGUAGUGCCAUAACAGGAUCAGAUCCUCAUUGAUUCAUAUUCUGCCAAGAUUCCAUGGCUGUAAGUGCCAAUGCUCAUGUCGGCACUGCGUUUACAUGACUUGCAAGUACCCGUUCUAGCCAUGAUGGUAUUAACGCCGUGUUUUCAUUACCUCUUUCCUUGUCGGAAGAUGUCAGUUGCUCUGUGGUGAACAGAUAUGCCUCUCACAUUUUCCACGGAGCCUGUAUUAUUUCCUUGGACAAAAGGCCAGUGAUUUCGCUGCAAGUGCAGGAACUAACUAGGCAUGAAAGCAAAACAGUGCCACUGGCUGUUGUGUGCAUAAAGAUUUGCACUCCCCAAAAGGAAAAGCCAUGCUAAUAUGUACAUAUUCCUAUAUAUAACUUUACUAGCAGCUCAAGUCUUUCUACAUCAGCAAAUGCUUGGAAUUAGGGGAGGCAGUAGGUUGAUUAUUUAAUUUGUGCACCCUACAUCAUGGUAAGCUAUUUCAAAGCCAUGAUUAUAGAUAAACACUGGAGUGUUAAAUGGGUGCUUUGAAAUACUUUUCUAGGGUUAAUUACAAGGCUACUUUCCUGUACAGUACUGAUAACUCUAAAUCGUCUACAGGGAUAGGUGGAGGCAAGUCUCUGAAUGUCAGAACAGCACCACGCACACAGCAAAGGUUGUAUACAUGGUUCUCUCUCUCCCUGUUUUAUCCUCACAACAACUCUGUGAAGUAGGCUACUCUGAGGAGGCUGACUGACCCAAGGUCACCCAGGGAGCUUCAUGGAAGAGUGAGGAUUUGAACCCUUGUCUCCCAGGUCCUAAUCCAACUGCUGCAGCACACUGCAGCACUCCACUAAUUUGUGUGUGUGCUGUAUGUCUAAUAAGCACUGGUCAAAGUACUGUGGAAUUGGAGCUUGGCAAUAGUUCCUUCCACCUUAGACUUCUGCUUUGCAAGAUCGCCUCCCUGUAUUUCUGGUUUUAUGACUUGUGUAUAUAUAUGUGUGUGUGUGCUUACAUGUCUGUACAUUAACCAAACCUCACUUUCAGAUUUCUGGAUUUUUCAUUCCAAAUGCAGCUGGUACAAUUGUGAACUCAUCUUUCUGGUAUGCUCCUCUGUGUCAGAUUACCUACUGCCAAAAAAAUGUUAAGCCAAGUGUGUUUUUAUAAAGCCCCCUGGGAAAAGCUGUUUGUAUACUUGUGAAAGGGCAUGUUCUGUGUAGGAUGAUGAUGUACAGUGUAAAUCUAUAAAAUGUGGAAGUGUGUAUACAUUUAUUAUCUGCCAGAUAUCUAUUAGUCAUGUAAUAAAAGCAAAGAUAUUUAACGUACAUCAGAUCGAAAAAAGGAGCUCCAUUAUAUUCAAAUAAAGAAGCUUUCUCUGAAAUGAGGUUCU